CUUCUAUGUCUACAGCAUGGGAAAAAUUUCAAGUAUACAUGAGAAUGUUUGGAUUAGGGUUCUGAGGGUUCUCUCCAUGAGGAAACGGAACCCCGCGCAGCGACCGAUCACGAUCGACGAUGGCGACUCCGGUGCACCGCUCUUGCCUCCCAAGAGAGCUCACACGUAUCGAGCUUGCCGCGGCAAGCAGCUCGAGGAAGAGGAGGAGGAAACCGCAUUGCAGGUAAGAGCGGUCUCCAAGGAGGAAUUCGAUGCGGCAGUGCUAGCCUCGCGGAUGAGGUGUCGAAGUGCGAGAUCCAGGGCCACUCCCAGCGGAUCAUCGCGAUCACCGGCGGUGGGGGUGGCGGUGGCGGCGGCGGGAGAAGAGGACGAGAAUGUGUUUGAGAUGAAGCCGCCGCCGCCGGAGGCUGGGGAGAUUUACCAGGAGUGGUGUGUCUACACGCUGUGUAGCGAAUUCCCGCGAGCAACCGUGCUCUGCGUGAGGCAGGCUCUAAAGCGGCAUAUGAGGAAGCUGGGGCCUUCUUACGCGGCCCUUCGCAGCGAGUAUCACAAGGCACUGGCAAGAGAGCGGGAUGGUAACCACGGUGGUGAGAACGAGAGCUCGAGCUGGCUCCCGGCAGAGGGAUUCAAGCUCAAUAAAUCUCCGAGAAGAUUGGUUCGUCCUCGAAAGUCCUGCCCGCUCUUUGAUCGGGAGUUUGAGAUUGUAAAGAGACGCAUUGCCAAGGAAGAGAAGGAGGCCAGUUUUGAGUGUGGGUGCUGCUUUUCCGAGUGCUCGUUCGAGCAGCUCGCGCAGUGUGUAGAUGGCCAUCUGUUCUGUUUUAGCUGCUUGAGGCGCCAUGUAGAGGAAGCCACAUUCGGAGGAGGACAGAGUUACACAGUCUUGUCAUGCAUGGACACUGCUGGAUGCUCGGGUUUUUUCCCCGCCUCUGAGGUAUCAAGAGCACUCCCUGCUGACGUCUUGUCCAAGUAUGAGAGAAGGCUGGCCGAGGAAUCGGUUGCUCGAGCCAGACUAGAGGGUUUAGUGUAUUGUCCGUUCUGCAAUUUCCCGUGUGAGUUGGAUCCCGGAUUUCGAGUGCUAGAUUGUCCAAACAUAAUGUGUGCGAAGAGUUCGUGCGUGAAAUGCAAGGAGCCGAAUCAUCUGCCGCUAGAGUGCCACGAGGUUGAGAAAAAAACUGAAACCUCGUUGAGACGGCAAGUGGAAGAGCUCAUGACAAAGGCUCUCGUGAGAGAAUGCCUCUCGUGCAAAGCCGAGCUUGUGAAAACCGAUGGUUGCAAUAAGAUCACGUGUAGGUGUGGCCAGAUGAUGUGCUAUGUUUGUCGACAGAAAAUCUCGGCCGGCUAUUCGCACUUUUGUCAGCACGCUCGAGAACCAGGAAAGUCCUGUCGCAGCUGCAAUCGUUGCGGUUUGUGGGCUCAGGAGUCAUCCGACGAUGUGGUGAAGGCAGCAAAAGAAGCCGCCAUGCAAGCAGCUGCUUGUGACGAGCCUGGUAUUCUAAACAAAAAGAUUGGUCCGCAAGAGCGACGUGUGAGAUAAUUGAUUCUCCUGUACAAAGCGGUUUAGUUUUUAAACAGCGUUAUUAAUCACUUUA